AUGCCUAGCUUGAAGCGCCCGGCUUCCGCACUCCCGCCAACGAGCAUGAAACGGCCUUCGGGAUCAAUCAAGGAUGUUGUGAGUGAGCUGCAGAAUGGCAUGCAGGAGGAAGAUGAAAACGAGCAGGUGGAAGUCAGGGACAAGCAGAAGGCGCAAAAGUUUCACAAGAUGCUUUCUUCUGGGUCACUCCCAGAUCACAUAGUCCACAUGUACCAGGUUGAAAGCAAGAAGUCAAAGGAAGGAGCACGUGCGUACCAGACAAAGCUCAUCAACCAGCUCUUCUCCAAGACCAGCGAUGGAACAUACCGUUUGAUGACCGACAAACAUGAGUUCCAGGAAUAUCGCCAGGUGUUCCAAAGAACAGUGGCCAAGGACACAACGGAGGCAAUCCCUCGCACCUUGAUGUUGGCCAAGAAUUUCCAUGGCAACGAAGUUUUGCUGAAAAAGGCCAUUGACAACGGGGAAGUGGUUGCAAAGACUGACACUGAUUCGAACAUUGAGUACUUGCAGUUCCGGAAGUUGAAAAAGGAAAUCGCCCGGGGCAAUGAGGAGGGUGAGCGUGUGGAGGGCACCAAAAAAGUGUCAAAGGAGCAGGCCCAUGCAAUGGCCGAUGUGAUGAGCAAGCUCAAGUGGAAAUUCCAGUUGACGAAGGCUUCUGCUGGGUCGGGUCAGGAUCCUAAAGCCGAUGAGAAGCUCAUGAAUGAGAACGGGGGCAUUCCUCAAAACAUCAAAAAAUUGGCAACGAAGGCCAAAGACGCUUGCGAGCGUCUUCUCAGGGACGGGUCCAAACUGAUUGCACAGGCAGAUCUUCAGGGCUUGGUCAAGGAGGGGUACAAGACUUUGAGCACCCACAUCCAGAACCUCAACAACUUUCUGAUGUUUGAUGACCUCCCCUCGGAUGCUUCUGUGAACAAAGCGAGCCUGGAAAACUUUAUCGGCCACAUUGCUCAGGAUGUGGAGAAAUUUAACGGUGAGAUUCAGGCGGCCAAGGCUCGUGCCAAGGCCAAAUCCUAA